GUAGGGACCAAUUGACCUGCCCAAUUCGAACCCGCCCCAGACGAGGCUCAACUCUCCCAUUUGAAUUGAAUUCUUGUCCCAUUCCUUUCCCUAACGUUGAACUCUAUCUUAUCACAGACACAGACUCCGACAGAGAGAUUAGAGAUGUCGGGUUCGGUCAAGAAUUCGAUAUUGCCGGUGUCGGAUCCUCCGAGGGACCAGGAGAGAGAGAGACUCAUCGGAGCUGGCGACGAUGAGAAACUCUUCAGAGGAUCCGCCAUGACCAGACGUGGAGCCUACGCUGCAAUCUCGUACAUGGCUUGUGCAGUGAUGUUGGUGAUGUUCAACAAGGCAGCUCUCUCGUCUUAUAAAUUUCCAAGUGCAAACGUUAUCACACUUUUUCAGAUGAUAUGUUCAUGUGGUUUUCUCUACACCUUGAGACGCUGGAAGAUGAUUUCUUUCACAGUAGGUGAAUCUUUGAUUAUUUCUGACGACAGCACCACAACACUUGUACCAUUAAAAACAUUGAAGAAAACCCUUCCUCUUGCAGGAGCUUAUUUGCUGUACAUGCUAGCCACCAUGGAGUCUGUCCGUGGAGUAAAUGUUCCCAUGUACACCACCCUCAGAAGAACUACCGUGGUAUUUACAAUGGUUAUGGAGUAUGUUUUGGCUGGGCAGAGAUAUACAGCUCCCAUUGUUCGAAGUGUCGGCCUGAUUGUUCUUGGUGCAUUUGUUGCCGGAUCUCGGGAUUUGUCAUUUGAUGCCUAUGGCUAUGGUGUUGUUUUCUUAUCCAACAUCACGACAGCAGUAUAUCUUGCAACCAUAGCCCGUAUUGGGAAAUCCAGUGGCCUUAAUAGUUUUGGCCUCAUGUGGUGUAACGGAUUCACAUGCGGACCGAUUUUGCUGUUUUUGACUUUUAUUAGUGGUGACUUGAAGGCAACAAUCGAGUUUCCUUAUCUUCUUUCACCUGGUUUUAUGGCGGUCUUGCUUUGUUCCUGUAUAUUAGCCUUCUUCUUGAAUUACAGCAUAUUCCUUAACACAACUCUGAAUUCAGCUCUUACGCAGACAAUUUGUGGUAACUUGAAGGAUUUUUUUACUGUUGGACUUGGCUGGAUGCUAUUCGGCGGCCUUCCAUUUGAUAUUUUGAAUGUUAUCGGUCAAUCUCUCGGUUUCCUUGGCUCUGGGUUGUAUGCCUACUAUAAGCUCAUAGGGAAGUAACAUAUUCAACAAAUGUCUAGUUCUCUCACCUGAAGACGAUUAGUUGCUGCCCUUGUUUACACCACCACCAAAUUUGAAUUUGCGAUUACGAGGCUCUUGGAGUGAGAUGUGCAGUAUUAAGACCGGAGACAUCCGCUCAGUGGUGGAUUUAACUGUUAACUGGAAACGGAGUGUACGUAUUCUUCCAUACCAACCAGCAGGUGUUGGAAACAACGGCUGCACAAUUUGGCAUUGGCAGCUGCUUGCUGAUUUAGUUUGUUUGGGCUUUGUCAUUGUAUACCAUGAAUAUUUUCCCUUCUUCCAAUAUUUCGGUCACAUAUGCUCAAUUUUUGAAGCGACGGUAAACGCAAAAUGUAGUUUCAUAUAUACUGUUGAUCGUACGUUUUUUGUUGGAACUAUAUUAGUUGUGCGUGUAUGCAAGCUCGUGUUUUUUUUUUUA